AUGGAAAAGCUGCUGCUCAUGUACCAGUAUACAGGUCUGACCGGGGCGGACACGGUGGUGAACAUGCGCAAGGUCACGCACCAGAGGGUCCAGGAGCCGCUGGCUGGCUCGGCCCUCCUGCCCUGCGUCUUCACCCUGCGGCCCAGCCCGUCCCACGAGCCGCCCCGCGUCAAGUGGACCAAAGUCUGGGGCCCGAGCGGCUCCGGGGGCCCGCAGCGCGAGCAGUCCGUCCUCGUCGCCAAGGGCAACGUCAUCAAGGUGAAGAAGGCCUUCCAGGGCCGCGUCACGCUGCCCGGUUACCCGGACAACCGCUACAACGCCAGCAUGGCGCUGACGGGCCUGCGCUCGAGCGACUCUGGCAUGUACCGCUGUGAGGUGGUGGUCGGAAUUAACGACGAACAAGACAUCGUGCCCCUGGAAGUCACAGGGGUGGUGUUCCAUUACCGGGCUCCACACGACCGCUACGCUCUCUCCUUCGCCGACGCCCAGCGGGUGUGUCUGGAGAACUCGGCGGUAAUAGCCACGCCGGCACAGCUGCAGGCCACCUUUGACGACGGGUACGACAACUGUGACGCAGGCUGGCUGUCGGACCAGACGGUGAGGUACCCGAUCCAGUCUCCAAGGCCGGGUUGCUAUGGAGACAGGGAGGACUUACCUGGCGUUAGAAACUAUGGCAAUCGGGUCCCCGAUGAGCUGUUUGAUGUCUACUGCUUCGCCAAGAAGCUGCAAGGCGAGGUGUUCCACUCGUCCGUUCCGGAGAAGCUGAGCUUGGCCACGGCCUCCACGCACUGCCACACGCUCGGCGGCCAGCUGGCCACCGUGGGGCAGCUCUACCUCGCCUGGCAGGCCGGGCUGGACCGGUGCGACCCGGGCUGGCUGGCGGACGGCAGCGUGCGCUACCCCAUCAACCAGCCGCGCCGGAACUGCGGCGGCGACGAGCCCGGCGUGCGCACCGUCUACCACAACCCCAACCGCACCGGCUUCCCCGACACCACCACCCUGUUUGAUGCCUUCUGCUACCGAGACGCACAGAACGAGGAAACGGCUGCGGAAGCUGUAGGACUCCUCCACACUGGAGAGGACCUUGAGUCAGACCCCUCCGAGGAUCAGAUGGAUCCCCAGAACAACCAUCUCUCCCAGCCCUCCUACCCCGAGCCCUCCACGUGGACCGGCCUAGUGGACCUGGAGAAAGAGGGCAUCAACUCCAUCGUCAGUAAUGAGUCCUCGGAGAUAUCCGAGGAGCAUGUUGUGAUUCACUUACGGCCAGACCAGGCCUCAGUCCGCUGGAGUGAGGAGCGGGAGGAGUCCGUGGGGGGGGAGCCUCAAGAGGUUAUGGCCCCAAAGAUCCUGUCCAUGCUGGGCCUGACUGACCAGGACAAGGUGGAGAACCAGGGCGGUUCGGCCAAGGAGGACGAGACCGAUGAAGGUGCGGAGGAGGUGGAGCUGCCGUUCAGCUUGGAUCAUCUGACCGUGGCGUCGCCCACUCCUCAGGCCCACACCACGGGCGAGAGCAUGCUCUCCAACAUCGUCCACACCAUCAUGAGGCCCUGGAGGUACUGGGCCAGCACCACCGAGGCCGACGCUCCGCCCACGUCGCCCAGCCUGACCAGUGGACCCACCCCGGAGAUCCAGAGGGCCAAGCCCAAGCUGGAGGAGGCGAACGCGGGCGUGCGCAAAGGCAACCCCAGCAAUGCGAAUGCUAUCGUGGAGCCCUCCUCGCACAAGACCUCCACGGCUGUCAGUCCGGCAGGCACAGAUGACGGACUGUCUGAGCAGGAGAGGGAGCUGAUGCCGGAGGUCCAGCAUGUAUCCUCAACCUCAUUAAAGGGUCCAGAAAAUCCUAGAAGGGAUCAGAUGUUCCCUGCCACAGCUCAGACCACAUCAUCAGGCCUGCUUCCACUGAAACCCACUGACGUGGCAAAACCGACCUCAGCCAUUAAUGCAUCACCAGGCUCGAGGAGCGCGUUUGGAUCGUCCCCAGUGCUCGGCAGCAAACAAAGGUGGACCUUGAAAUCCAUAAAGGGGCCCAACCUUGGCGCCCCAGGCAGCAGCAGCAGCAGCAACAGUGGCGGGGAGCAUAUUUAUCAGGGCAGAGGUCCCCCCGUGGAGCCCAUGGAGGCCAAGGCUGCCACUCUGGAGAUCGUGGCCAUGCCUGCGUCCAGAGAUGGCCCCUCGGAGAACUACUCCGGGGAGGGGAGGGAGCACGGCGAGCGGGGUUAUCCGUUUCCCGGCCCUGUGUCCGGGAGGACAACCACGGAGGAGGAUGCAGAUACCGAAGGCAGCACAGGUAGAGACCCGCUGGAUGUAUUUAACGAGCAGGUGAAAGAGACAGACGUCUCCGACGUUAUCCCCGCCAAGAACCAGCCUGUGGUUCUGCAGACCACCGUCCAGUGGCAGUUGGUCCAUCUGCCCACAGUGCCUCCUAGUGGCGGUGGAGGAUCGCCGGAGGCCAAGCUGCAGCAGACGUCUGAGUCUGCGGAGCCCGAGAGCACUCCCGAGGAGGCGAGGGGGGAGAUCCUGUUUGUCCGCAGGCCCACCGAGAAACUCCGCCCGACCUCCUCCACGGGCAAAGUUGGCACCCCUUUUGUCAGGAGGAGGCAGAACUUUGCCAAGGGCUCGGCGUCGCAGCGCACCACGCCGGCCGCUACCCCGGCGUCCAGCUCGACGACCCCGACGCCGACCCUGCCGCCCACGACAGAGUACACGAUGGAGCCUGUCUUCACUCUGCUCCCGGUGGAGCAGGACGAGCCCGUCCAGACCCGCGAGCCUCAGCCUCGGGCGCAGGUCUCCACCACUCCCCCAUCUGCUGGCCUGGGGCUCCAGACGACCAGUGUCUCACCUCAGCUCACCACGCCGUCCUCCGGAGCCAGGGAUAAGGCCAGAGUGUCCGAGUACAGGACUCCGGUGUCCGAGUCCUUUGUGGUGGCCCGGGGCUGGAGAACGCUCCCCGGCUUAAGCUUCCUGCCCGUGGAGCAUCGGUCAGCCCAGGUGGCACGGAACGUCACGGUCGAGACCUCGGGCAAAUUGGCAGCCAAUCAGGCCUACGAGCUUGAAAAUCCAUCAGCUGAGGUCAGUCCCUGCCAGACCAACCCGUGUCUCCAUGGAGGCAGUUGCCUGUCCGAGGGGGAAGGCUACAGCUGCCACUGUCCACAGGGCUACUCUGGAGAGAGCUGCGAGAUCGAUAUUGAUGACUGCCAGUCGAACCCGUGUCAAAAUGGCGGCACCUGCAUCGAUGAGAUCAACUCCUUCGUGUGCCUGUGCUUGCCCAGCUACGGAGGAGCCACGUGUGAGAAAGACACGGAGGGCUGCGAUCACAACUGGAGGAAGUUCCACGGCCACUGCUACAGGUACUUCACCCACCGGCACACCUGGGAGGACGCGGAGAAGGACUGCCGCGAGCACAACGGCCACCUGGCCAGCGUCCACUCCCUGGAGGAGCAGAAGUUUGUCAAUGGGCUGAGUCAUGACAACACCUGGAUUGGAUUGAACGACCGCACUGUGGAAGAGGAUUUCCAGUGGACUGACAACAUGGACCUGCAAUAUGAGAACUGGCGUGAGAACCAACCGGAUAAUUUCUUCGCGGGAGGCGAGGACUGUGUGGUGAUGAUAGCCCACGAGAACGGCAAGUGGAACGACGUGCCCUGCAACUACAACCUGCCCUACAUCUGCAAGAAAGGCACAGUUUUCUGCGACACGCCUCCCAUGGUGAACAACGGCUUCCUGAUUGGUCGGAAGCGCUCCCACUACGACAUCCACUCGGUGGCGCGUUACCAGUGUGCCGACGGCUUCCUCCAACGCCACGUGCCCACCAUCAAGUGCCGAGCCAACGGGAAGUGGGACCGGCCCAAGAUCAUCUGCACAAAGUCUCGGAGGUCUCACCGUUACCGGCGCCACCAUCACCACAAGUCCCACCACGAGCGCAGAAAGCACAGGAAGCACGGCGGAGGGGGACACCGCAGGGGAGAGGACAGAGAGCAGAACCACGGCCACGGUCACGGUCACGGCCACUCCUAA